AUGGCAAGUGAGAAAUCCCACAAACAUGUUGCAGCCAUAUUUGGUGUAACUGGGCUAGUGGGGAAGGAGCUAGCCACAAAGCUGACAUCAAAAUCCGAAUGGAAGGUUUAUGGGAUCGCCCGAAAUCCCGACCGUGUCAAACCCAUCAAUCGAUCCAACUUCCACUUCAUCCAAUGCGAUCUCGAAGACCCCUUUGAGUCCCAACAAAAACUGUCGUCGUUGGUGGACGUGACGCACAUGUUUUGGGUCACUUGGGCAAGCCAGUCCCCAUACGACAGCCGAAAAUGCUGCGACCAGAACAAGGUCAUGAUGUCCAACGCCCUCGACGCCGUCCUCUCAAGAGCCAAGAAAAGUUUAAAGCAUGUCUCCCUUCAAACGGGGUUGAGUCAUUAUGUGCCUUCUCAAGGUCCUUUUGAUGAUUACGAUGAUGAUGAAGUUCGGUUCUUUGAUGAGGAAUGUCCGAGGGUGAGCUAUGAAAAGGCAAACUUUUACUAUGUUCUUGAGGAUUUGCUCAAGGAGAGGCUUGAGAGUAGAGUGGCUUGGUCGGUUCAUAGGCCUGGUUUGUUGUUGGGGAGUUCUUGUAGGACUUUUUAUAAUUUUAUGGGCAGUUUGUGUGUUUAUGGAACAAUCUGUAGGUAUUUGGAUAUACCUUUUGUGUUUGGAGGGGCAAGGAAGCGUUGGGAAGAGAGUUCCAUUGAUGGGUCGGAUUCGAGGCUUGUGGCGGAACAGCAUAUUUGGGCUGCCACCAAUGAGGAUUUGUAUUCCACUGAUGGAGAAGCUUUUAAUGCUGUUAAUGGUUCUGGUUUUACAUGGAAGAAGAUCUGGCCAACUCUUGGAAAGAGGUUCGGAGCUCGAGUGCCCGACGACGACGACGUGUUUUCGGAGGAGUUUCGGUACUCGGAGGCUAUGGCUGACAAGGGAAGAGUUUGGGAAGAGAUUGUUGAGAAGGAAGGACUUGUUCAGACGAAGAUGGAGGAUUUGGCCAAUUGGGAGUUCUUGGAUAUUCUGUUUCGUUGCCCUGUUAGACUACUGGCGACAAGAGAUAAAGCCGAUCGGCUUGGUUUUACUUUGAGGUACAAGACGUUGGAUUCAAUAUUGUAUUGGUUAGAAGCCAUGAAAACUGAUAAGCUAAUCCCUGAAUAGAUUUACGGAAUAGCAUUUUUCUUGAGUUGGU